CAAUUGAUUACCAACGGCACACCACAUCAAUAGCGGACAAUCCCUGCCAAUUGGCUUCCUUCUCCUGCAACGCGAUACGUGAGAGGUUCGGGCGAAGCUUUGCGUGCUGCCGAGAGUUUAUGCACCGCCAAUAACCUUUGAACCGGGUUGGGGUUGGCUUUUGGUGGCUUUCGUUUUCCUUGCCGCUGUCGCUCGUCAGCCGUCGCAUCAACCUGUCCUAGUCGCAGAUGGCCACCGCGGUCGCUGCCCGUCGCCGCCGAGCAGAUUCGUUCCGAAUCCACGAGGAUGUAGCAGCAAUGGAUGACGCCGAAAUGCACGGGGAGGCCCUAAAAGAGGAGGAGAAUGGGACAUACAGAGACGACGAGGAGGAGAAUGGGACAUAUAGAGACGACGAGGAGGAAGUUGAGCCGGCAGACGACCAAGAAUCCAACUACUCGGAGAGCUCCGAGGACGAGCCGGUGAUCGACGUCAAUAUCCAGCACGACAUGGAGAAGUUGCAAAGCUCUUUCUCCGGCCUCCGCCAUCGAUACCGGCUCAUCAAGCGCAUUGGUGAAGGCACCUUCUCUACCGUCUACAAAGCCGAGGACCUCCAGUACGAUCAUUUCGAUAACUCGUGGGAUAUCGAGAAGGAGAACGAGAAAUGGACGCCUCCUCCCCUCAAGAGCUUUACGAGCCAGUCCACCACGACACUCGGCCUGGCCGCCGAAGACCCGAGCCAGCACCUCCAGCGACGCCGCAAGCCCAAAUACGUCGCCAUCAAGAAAAUCUACGUCACUUCUUCUCCGACGCGCAUCCUCAACGAACUCGAGCUGCUGCACGAUCUCCGUGGCUGCAGCUCUGUGUGCCCCCUCAUAACAUCCUUCCGCCAAACCGACCAAGUGGUGGCCAUCCUGCCCUACUUCCGCCACGCCGACUUUCGCGAAUACUUCCGUAAGAUGACAGUCCGCGACACGUCCAUCUAUCUCCGGUCGCUCUUCUCGGCUCUGGCCAGCGUGCAUUCUCGCAACAUUCUACACCGCGACAUCAAGCCGACCAACUUCCUCUACGACCCCCUCACGCAGCGGGGCGUGCUCGUCGACUUUGGCUUGGCCGAGCGUGAGGGCCUUGACUGCAAGCCGUGUCUGUGCCACGAAGAUGCGCUCAUGCGCAAGACCCGGCUCCGCAAUGCCGUCAUGGGGAGCACCGCGCCGGCCGGGGGAUAUCCGAAGCAAGACACGCGCCCCUCUCGCAGAGCCAACCGUGCCGGCACGCGCGGCUUCCGUGCGCCCGAGGUGCUGUUCAAGUGCACGGAACAGACGACCAAGCUCGACAUCUGGAGCGCGGGCGUCAUCCUGCUGACGAUAUUAUCCCGUCGUUUUCCCUUCUUCAACUCGGCCGACGACGUCGAGGCCAUGAUCGAGAUUGCCACCAUCUUUGGGCAGAAGCGCAUGAAGGCCGCUGGCCAGCUGCAUGGCUGCUCCUUCGAGACGACCAUCCCUACGAUCGGCACGUUUGGCUUCAGCUUCGAGCGCAUCGUCUUGUGGAGCACGUGUCGCAGCGAUACGGGUGAGACCCUGUCCAAGGACGAGAAGUUGGCGAUCGACUUCCUCAACAAAUGCAUGGAGUUGGAUCCCAGCCGGCGGAUCAGUGCCCAGGAAGCGUUGUCGCACGACUUCUUGCGCAUGGGGCUAGAGGAUGAAGUGUCGCCGGAAGAAGAGGAGAUGGAUAUCAUGAUGGCCUGAAGGCCCGCUCAGCAUGAACACGGAGCCGCUUUUUAUUUUUGUUGUUUGGCCCUUGACUGUAUCAUAGCCUGUAAAUAGGGGUUGGUGUUGUUGCGGCGCGUUCCUGGGGUGGAGUUGCGGCGCUUUGCUGGGGAGGAGUUGGGGCGCGCUACUGGGGAAGAGUCAUGGGAUGGCUGCCGUUGGAAUUGGGACCUGUCUUUAUCAAUCAGCCAAGGUACGAGAAGCCCCGCUCGCGAGCUGGCUUUAUCUGUUUGUUGCCACUACAGACUUCGGUCCGGUUACUGUAUCUAGGUAUGUAUUGUUGACCCGAACCAGCCUGCAUCUUGAAGCCCCUUUUCCCAUCCCGCGGGAGCACGU